AUGACUCCUGAGUAUGAAAAUUUUAGAACGUUAUUUUUGAAAACUGGUAAUAAUUUGAGAUUUUCCACUCCAUGUAAUUUGACUAAUGAUGAAACCAUUUAUUUGUGGUAUCAUCAUAAUGUUUCACUUGUUCAACCAUCUGCACGGACAGUUGUCAAAGUACAAAUGCGUAAAGCAAAUAGUUUGCUCUUCUUUUUUGGUGGACAAUUUUUGGGCGUAUUUGACAACGCUGAACAUGCUCAAAGCACUAUUACACAUGGCGUCACACUUGAUCUUUCACAAUUUCUUCCUAAUCAACAAUAUCUUUUCGAGAUUCUCUCAGUUCCACUUGGAAUUGACAAUUUUAACAUAGGGCCAGGCAGUUUCGGAUACAAAGGUAUUGUAGGGGAUAUCUUUCUAGAUGAACAAUCAUUAAGCGGCAGAGUUUGGGAACAUCAAAAGGGCUUAGUUGGUGAAACUCGCCAGAUUUAUACCGAACAAGGUUCCAAAUCGGUCGAAUGGAAUUCUGGAUGGACAAUGGCUAUUAAUAAGUCGAUCACCUGGUUUCAGACUCAUUUCGAUCUCGACCAUCUGGCGCGAAAAGAUCUCAAUGCUAAUCCAGUCUUACUCGAUGCACUCGGCCUCAAUCGUGGACAUGCCUUUAUCAACGGAAACGAUAUUGGCCCUUACUGGUUGAUUCAAGGUCAAUUGCUGCAACCAACGCCACGCUACUAUCAUAUUCCAUCCGAUUGGUUGAUUUCUGAAAACAAUCUACUCACAGUUUUCGAUGACAUGGGUGUACCAUCGCCUGGAUCCGUCGGUCUAGUUCAACGCGUCAUUAUUUCUUAG